CAGGUAACAGUCCUAACAGUCACCCCGGUCUCGGGGCCCGCCGCCAGAGCUUGAGGGGACGCGCAUCGUGUGUGCUCCUCCGGGUGCAGAGGGGGGGAUCGGGCCGUGCCGGCGGCGCAGCGCUGGGGUUUUUAAAGAGGACCCAGUACUUGGAAUGAGAAUAUUGUGAUCAUGAGUCAACAGGGUUAUGUUGCAGCUCCUCCAUAUUCCCAAUCCCAGACAGGAAUAGGAGGCUUUUCUUCAGGUUUUGGACCACCUAGUUCUUCACUUCAUUAUGGGCAUUAUGGGGACUCUAACUCCUCCUGCUCAGCACCUCAACCAGGUGUGCCAAAAUCAACUGUGCCUUUUGGAUCCUCAGCUUCUAUUGGGCCUCCACCACCUGGUAUACAUCAAUUCAGCCAGAUCAACUCUCAAAAUGGGCCCAGUACACCAGGGCAACAGCCACAUAGGUUUCAAGGCCCUCCACUUCCAUGCAACUCAAGACUUUCUUAUCCUCCCUACAGUCAUCAGUCACAACCAGCCUACCCAAAUACUACAUCCACUUCAUCUACAACACAACUUGCUAACAAGCUCAACAGUAUGCAGAUAAAUAGCUACGGUCCUGGCACUACUCCAAGCCUUCUCAUGUCUUCUGGGCAUCCAGCAUCUUUUCAGGGUCCACAACUAUCACCUUCACCAGCCCAACAGCAAGUUGCUUUACCACCUGGAUCACAGGUUCCUCCACCAGCAAAUAAUCUUAAUGGCCUUUGUGCUCAACCAUUGGUGCCUCCUAUAGCCAGACAAGGUGGAAUCCCUGGGCCUGUCUCCCCCAGUCCGUACUUGCAGCAGCUUUCAGCACAGUCUUCAGCACCUGGAUAUCAUCCUCAGCAAUCAAACUAUGGUCUUCAGAUGGCAGGGUCUCAGCUGUCUUUUCCUGGUGCUUUUUCUGGGGGUCCAGCACAGCUCUCAGGCCCACAGCAGAAGAAGCUUGAUCCUGACUCUAUUCCCAGCCCAAUUCAAGUAAUUGAAAAUGAUAAGGCUUCUAGAGGAGGGCAGAUCUAUGCUACAAACACAAGAGGACAGGUUCCUCCUCUUGUCACCACAGACUGCAUAAUCCAUGACCAAGGCCAUGCCAGCCCUCGUUACAUCCGAUGUACCACCUACUGCUUCCCAUUGUCUUCAGAUAUGGCCAGACAGGCUUGUAUUCCACUGGCGGCUGUCAUCCAACCAUUUGCUGUCGUUCCACCAAAUGAGACUCCUCUUUAUGUUGUAAGCCAUGGUGAGACUGGACCAAUCCGAUGCAACCGGUGCAAAGCUUAUAUGUGUCCCUUCAUGCAGUUUAUCGAAGGUGGAAGGAGAUACCAGUGUGGAUUUUGCAACUGUGUAAAUGAUGUCCCUCCGUUCUUCUUUCAACAUCUGGACCACACUGGCCAGCGGGUAGACCACUGUGAAAGGCCUGAGCUGUAUCUGGGAUCUUAUGAAUAUGUUGCUACUUUGGAUUAUUGCCGAAAUAACAAGCCUCCAAAGCCACCAGCUUAUAUCUUCAUGAUUGAUGUAUCGUACAGAAACAUCAAGAGUGGUCUGGUUAAACUCAUAUGUGAUGAGCUCAAGACUCUUCUAGGUAAACUUCCAAGAGAAGAGCAAGAGGAAUGCUCAGCAAUUCAAGUUGGUUUUGUCACUUAUAACAAGGUCCUCCACUUCUUUAAUGUUAAAAGCAGCUUAGCUCAGCCUCAGAUGAUGGUGGUCUCUGAUGUCGGAGAAGUUUUUGUUCCUUUGCUGGAUGGUUUCCUUGUUAACUUCCAGGAUUCACGAUCUGUUGUUAUCAACUUGUUGGACCAGAUUCCAGAGAUGUUUGCAGACACUAAUGAGAGUGAGACCAUCUUCGCUCCUGUUAUCCAGGCUGGCAUGGAGGCACUAAAGGCUGCAGAAUGUGCUGGAAAAUUGUUUAUUUUCCAUUCUUCAUUGCCAACUGCAGAAGCACCAGGGAAGCUGAGGAACAGAGAUGACAAAAAACUACUCAAUACAGAUAAAGAAAAGACGCUCUUCCAGCCCCAAGUAAAUUCUUAUGAGCCCUUAGCCAGGGAUUGUGUGGCCAAUGGCUGCUGUGUGAAUUUGUUCCUCUUCCCAAAUCAAUAUGUGGACAUAGCCUCCAUGGGUCUUGUCACACUGUACACUGGAGGAACACUGUACAAGUACAGCAAUUUCCAGCUCGAUGCCGACAGCCCACGGUUCUUAAGUGACCUCAGGAACAACAUAGAAAAAAAGACUGGAUUUGAUGCAGUAAUGAGGGUUCGGACAAGUACAGGCUUCAGGGCUACAGACUUUUUUGGUGCCAUUUACAUGAACAACACCACAGAUGUAGAGAUGGCAGCAGUUGACUGUGACAAGGCAGUGACAGUAGAGUUCAAACAUGAUGACAAACUGAAUGAAGACAGUGGAGCCUUAAUUCAGUGUGCUGUCCUUUACACGUCCAUAAGUGGGCAAAGAAGACUUCGCAUACACAAUAUAGGUUUGAAUUGUAGCUCCCAGUUAGCGGAUGUCUACAAGAGCUGUGAAACAGAUGCGCUUAUCAACUUCUUUGCCAAGUCAGCUUUUAAGGCCAUUCUAAGCCAACCGCUAAAGAUGGUCAGAGAGAUGCUGGUGAACCAUACAGCUCACAUGCUGGCGUGUUACAGGAAGAACUGUGCCAGCCCCUCGGCAGUAAGCCAGCUCGUUCUUCCAGAUGCAAUGAAGGUGCUGCCUAUGUACAUGAACUGCCUGUCCAAGAGCUGCGUGCUAGUUGGUAGGCCAGAAAUUCCAACCGACGAGCGAGCUUACUAUCGCCAGCUGGUCACCUCUAUGGGGGUAGCUGACACACAGUUGUUUUUCUAUCCCCAGCUUCUGCCAGUUCACAGCCUGGAUCUGAAGAGUGAUGCCAUCCCAGCUGCCGUCCGCUGCUCUGAGGAACGUCUCUCAGAAGGAGGGGCCUUCCUUCUGGCCAAUGGUCUGAUUAUGUUCCUGUGGCUGGGAGUCAGUGUACCCCCAGAGCUCAUCCAGGGGCUUUUCAAUGUGCCGUCCUUCGCACACAUCAGAACGGAGGCUACUUCACUGCCUGACCUGGACAAUCCAUAUUCUAAGAAAUUUAAGUCAGUACUGAAGCAUAUCCAGAGCCAAAAGCCCUACGCUAUGAAGUUGAUGAUAGUGAAACAGCGGGAGCAAUCAGAGAUGCUUUUCCGACACUUCCUGGUAGAAGACAAGAGUAUUUAUGGAGGAGCUUCCUACGUGGAUUUCUUAUGCUGUGUUCACAAGGAGAUCUGCCAGCUGCUCAGUUAAGGAAACUUAAGUAUAAUAUGUAAGUUUCGUUUGGAUUUUGCAAGAGGGACAGGUCUUGCUGCCUGAAAGCUGGCCCACAGCUCCACUGUCCCCAAGCAUCCUGCUGUGCUUUAGGGAAUCUUGCCUGUGCCUCUUUUGCACAGUCUCAUUUCACACAACCUCUCACUGAGUAUUUAGCUUACUUAGAAUAGGAAGUUCUGCACUCAGGUAUUAGUCUUCUGGGAGUCCUGACUCUUUCUGUAAGUGAGUUGCCAGAUAUCAAACUGUCAGUACUUAAGAGCAUAUGGUAUGCUGUUAUUAAAAUGUAAUUAUUCCUUUCACUAGUCUGAAGUUGUACUUGAGCCAGGAAAGAUGCUAGAAAUCUAUACAGAAGUGGAAAAAAAAAAAUACACAAACCUGCUUUUUCUAAGUGAGGGCAUUCAGCUGACAGAUUUGCAGUAAUCACGUAGUUCAAUUUAAGUGCUUCAGCAUCUUUUGUGUAAAGCUAAACCCUAAAAAAUAAUGCCUUUUUUUCUGGAAGGAACAAGUACUGCUUUCUCCAGAAAGAGAGCUCUGGGUAACCUUCCGCAGUUGGGCUUAUCCAGGACGCAAAAAAGUUUCUGUUUAUAACUGGACUUGAGUAAGUUUAACGGCAGUGGCCCACAGGAAGAACAAUGAUCAAACAAUCCUUUUGCUAAGUCUGGCAGAUAAUGCUAUACUAACAUGGUACAAUUCUCUAGUCUUAAGGGCAACAAUUAAUUUAGCAUACUAUUUAAUUACAUUUUCAGAAUUGAAUGAGUUAGGUUUUAUUUGUAUUUUGCUAACUUGAAUAUUCCUAAUAGACCUUAGAUAAGCAUCUGUCCCUCAAAAUUUCAGUGGCGGGUCAGCUCUAAGAGAGGUUGACACAUUAACCAAAGGUUACUUAUAGUGCUAUAAAAAGAAGGCCUCUGGUUUAAUACCUGUUCUGUUACAGCAACCUCCAUUCACAUGACUGAUGCAUUCAAAAGGCACCGGUUUGAAAAAUAAGCCUCUGCUAACAUCAGUAUUUCAGGUAGAAUUUAGAAAGCCAGAGUCUUUGGAAUAGCUGUUUACCUCAUAUCUGAGGUAAAUUCAUAUCUGAGUAUCCUUCAUCAGUCUAUCUAUACCUUUAAGACCAAUGCCUCUGCAUGAGAGGUUUCAACUCUGCCAAACUUGAGAAGCUACAGCUAUAAAAAUCAGUGUUUCAAAGAAAACAAAAAGUUCUCAAAAGUAAGGCUUAGAUUUGGGCCUCAAAAAAAAGAAAAAGAAAAAAUAUGUUUCAUCAUGUUGGUGUUGCUACUUAGUUUAAUCAUUUUCAUAUCCAAUGAGCAGUCAAGAUGAACAUUUUUUGAUUUGACAGCUUAUCAAAACAGAUGUAUUCUUGUGCAUCGACUGCACAUUCUUAAAAUAAGUGGCUAUAUUACAAAGGGAUCCUUGGACUGAACUCAGCUGCCAAGGCAAGGACUUCUUAGCUGAAGAUGUUACCAUGUAAAACAUAUCUGUUGCCAUUCGAAAUCAGUGUACUUUGUAUAAUGACACCAGCAACUCUCUGUGUAAAGAAAUAAGCAAUUAUUAAAUAUUGUCAUCAUGUGGGCGUUUAUUA